AUGCGGCAACGACCGCAAAGUGAAGACUUCAAGUCACCCAAUGAGGCGGCCGGCGCAAGACGACCGUCGGCCCCUCUCAUAAGGACGCCCUUCGCUGCGACUGUAGGACCAAAUGCACGAGAACGCAAACCCUCACGGCCUCACAUCCACACUGCAGUGACAGCUGGUUUUGUAGCGCAUAUGACACCACCCGAAACGCCAAUGAGUCCAUCACCUGACUUCGAGACCACCCUCGCGUCGCCGCAAUCGUUAUUCCACAACUACUUGCGAGCAAUGCAUCCAUUCGAUCCCUCCGCCGAUUCCAUGCCCGGCGACGAUGCAUCACAAUCGGCCGUUGCGAUAAGACCUGGCGACUUGAUCCUUGUGCACUGCAUCCAUGCCAAUGGAUGGGCAGAUGGCACCGUUCUCAACACUGGCAAUCGCGGCUGGCUACCCACCAACUACUGCGAAGCCUAUGACCACCCGUACCUCCGCAACCUCUUGAAUGCCAUGACCCAGUUCUGGGAUCUGCUCGGCGCCAACGAAGAUGCGAACCUAUCUACCUUUGUCAGACAAGACUACAUAAGAGGGUUGAUCGCCGGUGUGAGAUACCUGCUGGAACGGGCAGACUGCUUGCACAGAGAUGCACCGUCGGUCAAGAACCAUGUCGGAGUACGAAGGAUGCGCAAAGGGCUGUUGGCGGAUCUGUCAUCCUUGGUACAAAUUGCAAAGAGGCUGCAAGAUACGAUCAGCGAGCCUUUUGCGGGGGAGGUGAUUCACGUACUACUGGACGACUUGAUCUGCAAAGCAUUCAAGGUGGUGACAAGGGCCAUCAGCUUUACCGAUGUCUGGAGCCAAGAGGUCAGGCCUGCUAAACAUGAGCUGAACCGCCUGCUCGUUCCCCAAGGUCUGGAAACGCCACCAAUCGAGAGUUCCGGCUUGGCGAUCGAUACCUCACUCUUCCCCAAACCGGGUGUCACGCCAAUUGACUCGGCCAUACAUUUCCCAGAUCAUAACCGGACACAGAGCAAUGACGAUGUUGCGCCUGGGGCCGACAACGAGGCUGAGAGCGGCGAGGAGCGAAAGCCCCGGCUGUCGAUGAUCUUCACCCCUCCAGAUGGACUGGCAGCUCACAGAGUGUCAUUGGUUGCAAAGGACAACCACCGUGCAAUGUCCGGCCCGUUGGCUUCAGAGCAGCUGGCAAAGGUGCACGACAUUUGCAUUAGCCACAUUGGUGCUUUCAUCGGCCAUCAUUUACAUUCUCGCCCUUCUUCAGAACUGGUCGCCACCACCGAACGUCUCGUCAAGGCAUGCAGAAACAUGCUCACCAUUGUGGACGAAGUUUAUGCACACGACCAUCAAGGCUCACAAGCUGUUCAGCAGGCUAAGAGUGAUUUUGAGGUGAAGCUGGAGGAGCUUGCCAAGUCGACGAAGGACGUUUUUCGAUUCUCCGACUCUCCCGACGACGAGGUCAUCAUGAUGCCCGAUCAGACGAACCAUUUGAUCAACGUGGGGACAAGUCUGAUUCGAAACACUGGCGAAUGCGUUGUCAGGACACGCCAGCUCAUCGAACAGAUUGGCGAUUUCGAGCUGAAGACUUCAGCAUUGGCUUCGUCGAGAGCAGCGCAAGAGAUCCCAGAGCGCGGCGACAGUCUGGCGCAAAACGAUCAACAAGACGAUGAUUCCAAAACAAGGAAGCGUGUAUCAACGACGCAUCGGUUGUCGAAGACCGUGAUUCCUCCGCCUCCACCAAUUCCUGAUGAUGUCGGUACCACUGAGUCCACGGGAGCCUCCGCGACGCCACAACCAGAGACCACAGAAUCUGGCCAGGAUACACCGACGGUCGGGACAACAGACAAGCCCCUACCUCCACCACCAAGGCAAAGAUCCGUGAAGCGGGCAUCGCACAACUCCAGCAACCAUGUCGAGUCCCUCAAAAGUCCAAGGUCUUUCCGUUCGAGUUCGACCAGCCCUGCUCGCAAGGACAGCGUUGGAAUGUCGAUUGCCGGGUCUACAGACACUUGCUACAGCAGCACACGGGACUCUAGUAUCACCGCUGUGUCGCAAGCGUCAACCCGAGCGACCACGCCUGACCAGCCAAAGGAUUCGUCGAGCUCAGAUCCGGCCUUGAUGAACAGCUUCGCGAGCAUUUCUAGCCUCAAAUCCGUCAUCACCGAUGACAGCAUUGACGCCGAGCAGCUCUUGCAAAAGACGUACGCUCACGAGUUGACCUUCAACAAAGAGGGCCAAGUCGCUGGUGGCAGUCUCCCAGCUCUCGUGGAACAAUUGACCACGCACGACUCUGCGCCAGAUCCACAGUUUGUGACCGCUUUUUUCCUGACUUUCAGAAAGUUCUGCGAGCCGAGAGAAUUCGCUCAGACCUUGAUCCACCGAUUCGACUAUAUUGGCGACAGCAGGACUGUUGGUACUCCGGCUCGUCUGCGCAUCUACAAUGUCUUCAAGGGAUGGCUGGAGACGUACUGGAGCGCCGAUGCCGAUAAGGACGCACUCGGCGAGAUCCGCUUCUUCGCCUUGCACAAGCUGAAGCAGGUACUCCCAGCCGCUGGAGAACGCUUGGCUGAGUUGACGAAGAAGGUCACCGAAGGAUACGCCAACGGCACGAUCACUGGACCACUUGUAUCCGGUGUUGGCAAGACAAGCCUCUCCUUCAGCCAUGACGAUGCCAGCAUGCCAGAGCCAAUCAUCACCGUGAAGCAACUCAAUGCACUACGUGUUGCCACCGGAGGAGGUGCGCAGGUCAGCAUUUUGGAUUUCGACCCGAUAGAGAUCGCACGCCAGAUCACGCUGCUUGUGGUCAAGGCAUACUGCGAAAUCCGGCCUGAGGAGCUGCUCAGCAUGGACUGGGGUAAGCCAAACACAAAGAAGGCGAAGAGUGUCCGUAAAAUGUGCCUGCUCAACACGGAUCUGGCCCAUCUUGUUAGUGACACGAUUCUGCAGCCGGAUGAUGCAAAGAAGCGGGCGAAAGUCAUCAAGCAAUGGGUCAAGAUUGGUACUGCUUGCUUGGAACUGUGCAACUACGACUCGGUCAUGGCCAUCAUGUGUCAGCUGAACUCUUCGCCAGUCCAGAGACUGAAGAAGACCUGGGAUCUCGUCAACAAGAAGACGAUCGCAGAGCUUCAAGAGAUUGACAAAGUGGCGGACAUGUCGAAGAACUACAACACCCUUAGACGCCUGUUGGAAUCGCCUACAGCGCCUUGCCUUCCUUUCCUGGGUGUCUACCUCACCGAUCUCACGUUUGUGAUUGCUGGAAAUCCAAAGCGUAGAGAGCUGCCCGGGGUAACGACCGAGACUGGCGACACCGUCUCGGUCAUCAACUUCGACAUGUACAGCCGCAUUGCCAAAAUCAUCAGCCACCUUCAGAAGUUCCAGGUACCCUACAAGUUAAAGCAGGUUCCAGAAAUGCAGACCUGGAUGGAUCAACACCUGAAGCGCAUGCGAGACGGCCACGACGAGAUGGUGAGCACCUUCCACCGUCGAAGCCUCAGCCUCGAGCCCAAACCCGAGGACAGGAAGCAUUCGAUCUUCCGACUCGACACCGACGAACGGCCCAAGACGGCAGCCUCUCGCCCCGAGGCCUCGCCCAUGGACCGCUUCGAUUUCUUCCACAAGAGCAGCUCUUUGCUGAACAUGCGGAGCCAAACAACGCUCAACAUUGCCGACGCGGCGAGCGAGCAGAAACGCGCGAGUGCGCAAUAA